GACGAGUAAUUAUUUAUAAUCUUAAUGUUUAGUGUCAAUAGCUGGCAAAGUUUCUUUAUGAGUCUGUUUUUUCUUGCAAUUAUUACCUGUGACUUGUUCAACACUGACUUUAAUUUAAAAAUGUACCUCAAUUAAUACAUUCUUUUAUUUGUGCCUUUUUUAGAGGGUGUAACAGUAUGAGAUGAAAAAAAGAAAAAACAGGAAGUCAGCUAGUACAAAUUAACAUCAGCCACAAGUAGGAAGUGUAUUUGUUAUACAAGUCUCUUAGAGAAACAUGAGCUUUUACUCACUAUGUGGUUCUGUAACUCUCCUUGGGUUUUUCCUCUGUAUAUCAGAGGUAGAGAGCAUGAGGACACUGAAACAUGUAGCUGUAAAAAGAGGAGGAUCUGUCACUAUUCCAUGUAUUCAUGAAGAGAAGUACAAAGCAAACAAUAAAUUCUGGUGCAAAGGGUACUAUUGGUCUACCUGCAGUAUCGUAGCCUAUGCAAACUCACGUGGAAAUCCAUCAGUCAUUGAUCAUCCAGAGCAGAAUUUGUUCACGGUGGAACUGAACUCUGUCUCUGUGUCUGGAACGGGUUGGUGUGCUGCAGAAAUUGGGGAUAAAUGGCAGCUGGAUGAUCGUGAUUAUUUGUACCUGACGGUUAGUCAAGAUCUGUCAGUGAGCGAGAGCAGAGUGAGAGGUGAGGAAGGAGGCAGCGUCACAGUCCAGUGUCUCUACAGUGCUGCGUAUCAGAAUAAACAGAAGCAGUGGUGCAGAUUUAAAGAUGGACAAUGCAACACAGUGAGGACUGAAACAUCCCAGAAUUCAGCAGUGUACAUCAGUGAUGAUGGGAGAAGAUCCUUCAGUGUGAAGAUGAGCAGACUGAAGAAGAGUGAUGCUGGAUGGUACUGGUGCAGUGCAGGAGAUCUGCAGGUUCCUGUUCACAUCAGUGUCAGUGAUCCACCUCCAGUCACUACAUUAAAUACUACAACAGUGAAUACAACAGUGAAUACAACAGUGAAUACAACAGUGACUACAACCGCUCAUCAAGACAAUACGUACACAUCUGACUCAAAGCACAAUUCAGUGUUUGUGACAUCAGUUUCCAGCCGUAAUGAAACCACUAGUUUGGUUUGGACCCUGAACCAUUGGUACCUGGUGGCCCUUCUUCUGCCACUGGUGAUACUGGUCAUCAUCAUCUGUAUGCUCAGAAAGAAAUGUGAGUUAGAGAAUCAAACCAGGAUCAGAGAGAGGAGCAAUGACACCACUGUUCCCACACCAAACACUGAUGAAGACUCCAUUGUAUACAGCACAGUUACUGUUUCUAAGCCAAAGGCUAAAAAUAAGCCCACUUGUACUGCUGAAGACUCGAUUAUAUACAGCACUGUGGCUACAAAGAGAGCCAGAGAUGUUCUGUAUCACAGACAACUGAAGGACGUGAUCUUGAGCACACAGUGUGAUGAGCAGGAAGAGGAACUGCUUGAGCCGCUACAGACGCAGCUGGUACAGUACUACACUGCACAGCACAAGACAAUAAAGUGGUACAGAAAGAUCUUGUUACACUUCUUGGACAUUGCUGCCACCAAUGCCUUCAUUAUGCACAAGGAGCUAUAUGGUAACAUGACCCACAAACAGUUCAUGGAACAGCUAGUUGUAGAGCUCUGUGGCAUAACAGAUAAAGCAGAACCAAAACAGACCAGGAGUAAACAUGUGCCAGUUCCGGUAUCUCGGCCGACCUCUGAUAGCACAAAGUGUGAUGAGCAGGAAGAGGAACUGCUUGAGCCGCUACAGACACAGUACCAACUUCACAUAGAAGCAGGACAAGUAGAGAGCAUGAGGACACUGAAAAAUGUAGCUGUAAAAAGAGGAGGAUCUGUCACUAUUCCAUGUCUUUAUGAUGAGAAGUACAAAGCAAACAGUAAAUUCUGGUGCCAAGGGUACUACUGGCGUACCUGCAGUAUCGAAGCCUAUUCAAACCCAAGAGGAAAUCCAUCAGUCAUUGAUCAUCCAGAGCAGAAUUUGUUCAUGGUGGAACUGAACUCUGUCUCUGAGUCUGGAACGGGUUGGUGUGCUGUAGAAAUUGGGGAUAAAUGGCAGCCGGAUGACCGUGAUUAUUUGUACCUGACGGUUAGUCGUGAUCUGUCAGUGAGCGAGAGCAGAGUGAGAGGUGAGGAAGGAGGCAGCAUCACAGUCCAGUGUCUCUACAGUGCUGCGUAUCAGAAUACACAGAAGCAGUGGUGCAGAUUUAAAGAUGGACAAUGCAACACAGUGAGAACUGAAAUAGUCCACAAUUCAGCAGUGUACAUCAGAGAUUAUGGGAGAGGAAUCUUCAGUGUGUGGAUGAGCAGACUGAAGAAGAGUGAUGCUGGAUGGUACUGGUGCAGUGCAGGAGAUCUGCAGGUUCCUGUUCACAUCUGUGUCGGUCAUCACGAUGUGUGCAGCAAUGUCCAAUGAAGGUUUGCUGUUACACAAACCACUCAUUGGCCCCUACAAUACAGAGAGGCUCAUUUUGUUUCUAAAUGACCUACAUAUUCCACUUGUGCCAGCAGAGGAGAGAAGCCAAAGGGCAUCAAACUUCCCUAAUUUCAUUGUUGUGUGGGAUAAUGUGGCAUUCCACCACUCUGCUGCAGUCACAGAGUGAUUUGUGGCACAUCCCAGGAUGUCAGUAUUAUACCUGCCUACAUGCUCCCCUUUCUUAAACCCCAUAGAGGAGUUUUUACAGUAUCUGCAUGGAGGUGGAAGAUGAUGUUGAUGAGAACUUGUGGUCAAAUGCUAGAGAGAGAGCAGACUAGAACUGUAAUUUACUAUAAUGAACAACUACACAUGUUACAGUAAUGUGUAGAAUGUAUUUUAUUUAUUCUUUUUUUUUAUUAUCAUUGCAGCCCUGGAGUUUUUUCCCCUCUUUUUUCACCUUUUGGUUAUAAUUUUCAAGUACUAUAUUCAUAUAAAAAAUGAAAUUUUGAUGAAUUUCUUAUUCAUUUGUGUUACAAAUGCUUUCAAUAAAGUGAAAUUGUGUUACAGUUUUCUAUAUG